AUGCAAGUAUUCAAGGUACAAUCAUCGCAAUGGCUUACGAUUUUGUCAAAUAUCAUUCACGAAGGUCAAUUGUGGAGUGAUGCAAUAACUAUCGCUAUAUCUACAGAUCUCGUAACGAUUACGAUACUUGCAUUUUCAUGUAUCAUCAACAACCUCUUCUACUAUAAGCGCUCAAUACAUCCCAUCAAUAGUUUCGCCCAUUAUAUGUCGUAUUACAUCGCAAAGAGAAAACCAUCUCAUUUCUUCAACUUCGCGAGAAUAGGGAUCUAUGGAACUGAAGUUUCUUAUUACUCGUUCAUGCCAUAUUCGGUUUCUGUGAAGUCCUCAAUAUGGAUCCACCUACUAUAUGUACUUGAACAGUCCUCCCAGCAUACUCGAUCGAUGAAAAUAAACCCUUCUUAUGACGAUACCUCAUUCACAAAAAUUCGAUCUAUUCGAGAGAUAACAAUUUGA